AUGAUUUCUCUCUCUUUAUCAUUAUUUCUCCCUCUGUCAUUAUUACUUCUCUCUCUCAUCUCACUUUCUCUCUCUCAUCUCACUUUCUCUCUCUCAUCUCACUUUCUCUCUCUCAUCUCACUUUCUCUCUCUCAUCUCACUUUCUCUCUCUCAUCUCACUUUCUCUCUCUCAUCUCACUUUCUCUCUCUCAUCUCACUUUCUCUCUCUCCCUCUCUUUAUCAUUAUCAUCUCUCUCUCCCUCUCUUUAUCAUUAUCAUCUCUCUCUCCCUCUCUUUAUCAUUAUCAUCUCUCUCUCCCUCUCUUUAUCAUUAUCAUCUCUCUCUCCCUCUCUUUAUCAUUAUCAUCUCUCUCUCCCUCUCUUUAUCAUUAUCAUCUCUCUCUCUCUCUCUCUCUCUCUCUAUCAUUAUCAUCAACAUUUCUCCUUCUCUAACAUUUUUCUUUUUGAUACUACCUUUUACUUCUUUCUCCCUCUGUCUCCCCUUAUUACAUUGUUUUCCAACGUAUCCGCUGUGUGUCUGUGUGUGUGUCUCUCUCUCUCUCUACCCAAUCCUUAUUUUGUUCUCGGGUAUUAUUUUUCUUUUCUUUUUUACUGUUUUUUGAUUUCUCCUCCUUUUUCCGUGAUUUCGUUUUCUCCUCCCUUUUCCGUGAUUUCGUUUUCUCCUCCCUUUUCCGUGAUUUCGUUUUCUCCUCCCUUUUCCGUGAUUUCGUUUUGUCCUCCCUUUUCGGUGAUUUCGUUUUGUCCUCCCUUUUCGGUGAUUUCGUUUUGUCCUCCCUUUUCGGUGAUUUCGUUUUGUCCUCCCUUUUCGGUGAUUUCGUUUUGUCCUCCCUUUUCGGUGAUUUCGUUUUGUCCUCCCUUUUCGGUGAUUUCGUUUUGUCCUCCCUUUUCGGUGAUUUCGUUUUGUCCUCCCUUUUCGGUGAUUUCGUUUUGUCCUCCCUUUUCGGUGAUUUCGUUUUGUCCUCCCUUUUCGGUGAUUUCGUUUUUGUCCUCCCUUUUCGGUGAUUUCGUUUUGUCCUCCUUUUCGGUGAUUUCGUUUUGUCCUCCUUUUCGGUGA